CCCCAUUUCAUCCCUCCUCCCCCUCCCCCUCUUUUUACCCCGCCUCGCCUGGUCUCGCUCUCGCCUCGCCUCGCCGCUCCCCUCCUCCCAUCUCGACUCGCCGUCUAGGCCAAAACCCCCUCGCCGAGCCACCGGCGGCGGCCGAUCGGACCCGGGGGCCCAGCUGCGGCGAGCGACCACCACCUCCUGCUGCGUCGUAGCUGGCGGCGACCACUUGGAUGGGCGGUGGAUCGGGGGCGAGCUCGUCGCUGCGUUGAGGGCGUCUCUGGAAGCUGAGAGGGGGGGGGGCGUGAUGCCGGGCGUGGCAGCGGAUACGGCGGUGGCGGCGGCGGCGUCGGGAUCGGGGAUCUGGUCGCGGCGGCGGGACGAGAUCACGUUGGAUCGCCUCCAGAAGUUCUGGAAUGACCUUCCUCCUCAAGCGCGGCAGGAGCUUCUAAAAUUGGAUAAGCAAACCCUCAUCGAGCAAGCACGCAAGAAUUUGUACUGCUCAAGGUGCAAUGGAUUGCUUCUGGAAAGUUUCACGCAAAUAGUCAUGUAUGGGAAGACGCUACAGCGUGAUGGUUCGGAUAUUAAUCGUCUGAAUACAACUGGGGAACCAAGGAUUAGGCAAGGGGAACAAGAAGACCCAUCAGUUCAUCCAUGGGGAGGCCUCAUAGCAACAAAGGAUGGCAUCCUUACACUUCUUGACUGCUUUGUAAAUACAAAGUCAUUGCUUGCCCUUCAGAAUGUGUUUGACAACGCACGGGCAAGAGAAAGGGAAAGAGAGAUGCUUUAUCCUGAUGCAUGUGGUGGCAGUGGUCGAGGAUGGAUUAGCCAACGAAUAGCUAGUUAUAGCAGGGGGUAUGGAACACGAGAAACUUGUGCUCUGCAUACUGCCCGCCUUUCAUGUGAUACACUGGUGGAUUUCUGGUCAGCAUUGAGUGAAGAAACUAGAUUAUCUCUUCUGCGCAUGAAGGAGGAGGAUUUCAUGGAAAGACUGAUGCGUAGGUUUGAGAGCAAGAGAUUCUGCCGAGAUUGCCGAAGGAAUGUUAUCCGUGAAUUCAAGGAACUGAAAGAACUGAAACGCAUUCGGAGGGAACCUCGCUGCACCAGUUGGUUCUGUGUUGCAGACACUGAUUUCCAGUGUGAGGUGUUUGAGGAUGCUGUCAUAAUUGAUUGGCGCCAAACUUUAUCAGAGGCUGAUGGAUCUUAUCAUCAUUUUGAAUGGGCCAUUGGGACAGAUGAAGGACAAUCUGAUGUUUUUGCCUUCGAAGAUGUUGGGAUGAAUGCUCAAGUCCACAGAGAUGGUAUUAAUCUUGAUCAGUUUGAAGACUAUUUCAUAACUUUGAGAGCUUGGAAGCUUGAUGGCAGCUACACAGAGCUGGGUGUUAAAGCACACGCCUUGAAGGGCCAAUCAUGUGUUCACCACAGACUGGUGGUAGGAAAUGGUUUUGUGACAAUUACAAAGGGUGAAAGUAUCAGAAGUUUCUUUGAGCAUGCUGAAGAGGCUGAGGAGGAGGACGAAGAUGAUGCCAUGGACAGGGAUGGAGCUGAUCUUGAUGGCGAUGGCUUACAUCCACAGAAGCAUGCUAAAAGUCCUGAACUAGCAAGAGAAUUUCUGUUAGAUGCUGCUGCAGUGAUAUUUAAAGAACAGGUCGAGAAGGCAUUCAGAGAAGGUACAGCUCGGCAAAAUGCACACAGUGUUUUUGUGUCUCUUGCAUUAGAACUUUUGGAAGAGCGAGUCCAUGUAGCAUGCAAAGAAAUUAUUACGUUGGAAAAGCAGAACAAGCUUCUUGAGGAAGAAGAGAAAGAAAAACAAGAUGAACAAGAGCGUAGGAUGAGGAGGAGAACAAAAGAGAGAGAGAAGAAGCACAGGAGGAAAGAGAGGCUAAAAGAAAAGGACAGGGAUAAAGGGAAGCAACUUCUUGAGCCAAAAUCAUCAGAUGAUACUUCAUCUUCAACUCUCAGAAACUCAACAUCUACUAAUGAUGAAUCAACCAAUACUCCUGACUCUAGAGAUUCAGCUAGUGAAGAAGAUAAUACCACAGCUGUGGAUCUUUGCUCCCCUGACACCUUUGUUGAUCAAACUGAUUGCAGCGAGGUUAAUGGGCAAAAUAAUAUGGACUACUGCAAUACAUUGACAGAAUUUGCUCCAACAAAUAGCAGUGACCUUUCCACAUCUGGGCAAUCAAAAUCAUCUAGACGGAAUCUGAGAUUGAGAAAGGAUUUCCCUCAAGAUCAGUCAUCUUGUUGCUAUGAUGAAUGCGGAAAUGAAACUGGAAGCGCUGGUCAUUUUCAGUGGCAAUCAAAGGAAAGGACAAGACAUAGUGCCCGAAGUUGUAGCUCAAUGUUUACUACAAAUAACAGAACAAGGGAUAGACACAACUAUAUUUCCUUCAGCUGUGACCCUCGUGAUGACUACGCAAUAAAUGACAACUGUUCUUCAUCAUCAGCUGGAUCAUGUAGGGAGACGAAGAUGGCAAGAAAAACAGGAGUCGAGAGACCUAGGGUGCAGUACCGCAGGUGCUAUCCAUUGGACAAUUUUAUUGUGUCGAAAGAAAGCCGUACUGGUAAUACACAGCAGAAAAAUGUUCCAAAGCAAGUAUGGGAGCCAAUGGAUACUCAAAAGAAGAAUGUUUUAGACAACAAAAAUAAUGUGUCAGGAGCAGUUUGCAACGUCGAUUCACCCAAAUUAGUGGAGCAUGAUAUCAGUGAAUGUCCAAAUUUUGACACCGGAUAUGAACCACCAAGUCAAUCUUCUGAAAGAUCCAGGGGUAUUUCAGAAACAGACCAGCCAUGUGAAAACAAUGAGAAAAACCAAGUUACUUGUUGUGGUGGAACUAUUAUGGUGGAGCAAGACCGCUACUCGACAAAAGAUGGAGGUUCUAGGCAUGAUGAAGAGCUAAUGAUGAACUCUGCCAGUUCUGAUGGCUCAUCUUCAUGUACGAGUGAAGCAGAUAGAGAAAGCAGCACAAGUAGUGUGACUUCUUUGAGCGCUCAACAUCAAGAAUCAUCGUCAUCCGACUCUGAGGAAUCUCCAGAAAGAGUUAAUAGCAUCACGGAAGCUCCGUCAACAAAGACCGUUUCACGGUCUUUACUUGAGGCUUGUGCAGUAAAAGGUUUCAGAGAGUACCAACCAAAAGCCAUGCGCCGGCCUCACGAUGACAUAUUGGGACUCAACAUACCCCCUUUCCAAGAUCAGCUGAUGCAUCACCAAGGCAUGCAUGUACCUCCACAUUCUUCAGCCACAAUGGGAAUCCACAACCAUUCCUGGGUAGCUCCAGCAAGUGGAUACUUACAGUACAACCAGAGGCACUUCUAUUCCAAUCCACUCGGAUUUGGAGUACCUGGAAAGCAGUCUCCUGAUUUCCCAGGGCAGUACAGCAAAGUUCAUCACUACCCAGCUCCUGCUUUUAGUUAUACGCCUCAGGAGCCAAUUCAGAAGUCCACGUCAAACUUUAGAGUCGUGCAUCCAUCGCCAACUUACCCAAAUGGAUUGCAUCAAAAUGGUGGCCGUCCUCAUGGAGACCUGACUCUAAACAGGCAUCCUUCUAAGACUAAGCCGCUGGACCUGAAGGAUGCACCAGAAGAGAAUAAGAACUCGCUCGAGGGAAGUGCAUCAUCCUUCUCGUUGUUCCAGUUCAACCUGCCAAUAGCUCCGCCUGCCCCACCAUCAUCCAAAGAUGACAAGAGUGGAGAGUCAGCUGCAGCUGCAAGAACACCAUUGGCUCAGGUUCAAGUUCAGCCUUGCUCGAGGGAGCAAACUAAUGUCAAGGAAUAUAAUCUGUUUUGCUCAAAAAAUGGCAGUAUGUUUUCAUUUAUAUCGAGAUAAAGGCAACACACGGGGGAGAUCUCUGAACUGUUUGUUGCUGCUGUUGUUGUCACAAUACUUGUUGAGUGAUUUGUAUUAUCCGGACGAAAUAAAAGAUGCUUUGCGUUUUUUUUUCCUUA